AUGCAAAGACACUUUGCUUGUUCUGGAGAAGGGUUCCCGAAAAAGGAUGAAAUGCUCAAGUUGUAUCUUUCCUCAGCUUACUUGGAGGUCCGGUGUUUCUUUCUCACUGAAGACGAGGCUACUUCAAGGGGACUCCUAAGCAUGUUUACAUCAGGAGGACUUGCUCCCAGUUUGGAAAUCAUAAAUAGUACAUAUACUGGCAUCUUCCACUUUAAUUUAACUUUGUUCAGUGAACGGGUAUACUGGUUGAUUACUAUCCCUAGAGAAAGCCUCACAAAAAAUACAGGUGUUACAGCGGUGGAAGAAUGGCUAGUAAGGAUUAGUUUACAUCAUGGACUCAAUAUUUAUUCUACUGAAGGAACUCUACUGGAUACUAUUCGAGAACCUAUUCUUCAGUGGAAUCUUGGAGUUAAAAUGGGAAAGGCUGAAUGUAGUAGAUUACAGCCACACGUGAUAGAUCUUAAGGUGACAAAAUCCCCCUGUGCGAAUGAUGUGGCUUUACUCGCCUUCAUUAUGAAUGCGACCUUUAAUGGCAUUUACAUAGGCCUAAGCUUUUCUGGAUUUUGGAAAUAUGAUAACACCACGUGGUAUAACAUGACAGAGAAUAUCUAUUCCGAACUUGAAGAAGACCUCACAGACCUUUCAGUGGUGGAUAUAGUUUUAACAAAUCAUUUUCUAGUUAUUCUCACCUCUUUGGGUCUUUUUGUAAGUAGAGAUCUUCGUUCCCCAUCAGCCUCAGCCUUAAAGUUUUCAAGGGCAGAAUUUUGUGGUUUUGAAAGGGGUGACUACGUCAAAGGGAAACUGUGGUAUAAUGAAAAUUGCUUUGCUAACAAGGAAAGUUUUGAAGUUGAUUAUGUUUCUAUCACCUUUGACAGAAACAAGACUCUAAGCGAGUCAAGUGCCUGUUUUUACAGUGCAGAGCCAUUCCACGAAUGGCUUCCUUGCAUCCCUCAACUUUCGAGAGGAGUGAAAACCAUCCCUUUAAAAGUAAUCACAUUUCUUAUUGACAUAGAGCGUAAUAAUGGAAUCUACCUGCUCUCUAACCAGAAAGAAACCAUUGCCUCCGUGAACAUCCUAAAAAAUAACCAACCAAGUUUGCAGAGUAGAUUUCCAAAAUUUGUGUUUCCUUCAUCAUUCUCCGUUCCCAUUGGAAUGGUAUUCCACCCGCGAAGUCAUUUUCUAUAUGCUUAUGGGAAUCAGAUUUGGCUCUCAAUGGAUGGCGGCAACACUUUCGAUCUAAUAGCUGACUUUUAUCAUGAUGUCAUUCGGAGGUCUUUUCACAGUUUUUAUACUUCAGAUAUUACUUUUGUUUCCCAACAUGGAAAGGUUUACUUCACAAAGGCAGGUGUAAAAAGAUACAGUGAAAUUGGAUCUAUCACUGAUAAAAUUUUCACAUUAUACUAUGAUCAUUUGGGAUACAUACAUAAACUGACUCCAGAUCAUUUUGAAGCUGAUGAAUUACUCUCAGCCACUGGAAAUUCCAGAGCUAUUUUUGAUAAGGUUCCUGAUAUGGGCUUUGAGGCUGUACUAGCCCCACAAUUUAUCUCUUUUAACGAAAUAAUUUUUUAUGCCUAUGUACCUUCAAAUGAACCUAAGGCAACUAAGCACACCAAGAAAUUCAACAAUCUUCAUUUUGGAAAAAUCUUAUACUCCAGGAAAACUGGAGCAGCUUACAUAAAAAAGGUAUUGCAACAUGAGAAUCGUAAAGGAUUUUUGUCUUCAAUUAUUACAAAAAUUAUAGAUCCUUUUGGAGUAGAACAAGUGAGCGACAGUUCUUGUGUGUCUAGUUCUAUUUUCAUUACCAAUGCUGGAAAUGACGUCUAUAAACUUACUCUUCAUUUACAAGAUGUUAAGUCCUCGUUUCAACAAUCCGAUCUGGAGAAGACUGUGGUGAUUCCCAGUCACAGCAGCUUCCUGAUCACAGAAGUCUUAGAUGAUAUGAAUGCUUUAGCUAUUGCCACCAUGCCUGAAACAGUACCCAUUAAUAUGACCUUUUCAAAAGACAAAUGGUUCUUAUACAACUUUGGGCUAAAUGCUGAACGAACAUGGAAUAUAUUUUCAAGAAAAUGUAAUUAUUGGUUUCAACAAUGUGAUAAGGAGUCACUAUCCCUCAGUAUUCAGAGAUACAUUGAUCUUGGGAAACAUUAUUCUUUAAAAGUUAAGAUCAUACCUACUGUUGCAGAAAUUAAACCAGCUGGAAGAAAUGAUGAAGGUUCAAGUUCACUCGCAUUUAUUAUCUGGGAAGCAUCAACUGAGUGCUUUGUUACAACAUUUGUUUCAGUAGUGAAGAGCAGCUGCAGCUAUCUCAGAUUUAUGCAUCAUGUUCCGAGAACAAUUAUUCCAUUAGAAGACUGGAUUAGUGGAAUUUACAACGACAAUCAGGGUUUUAAUAUGAUCAAAACUUUGCCGGUAAACUACAGGCCCCCAUCUCAAUUAGGAAUCGCUAUUCCACUCACAGAUCAUUUUUACCACGCAGAUCCUAGCAAACCUAUACCAAGAAAUCUCUUUCUCAAGUCAAAGAAAACUGGCAAAUAUAAACAGUGUGCUAACAUGUCCACUCGGGAGGAGUGUAACUGCACAGAUGAUCAGAAGAUUUCACAUGCUGUUGCUUUCUCAGAUUGCAAAGAAAAGGUUCCUCGAUAUAAGUUUCCAGUUAAACAAUAUCCAGUAUCUCUGCAAAUUUUCACUCUGGAGGGAAGUAAACCAGUGGAUCUCCCAUACCUGGUUACUGUGACUGAAGUGAAUAAAAGGGAAAACUGGAUACUACAACAUUCUAUACCAGCAACUAUAGCAAAGCUGAAGUCUUACUUAGAAUCACGUCUUAAAGUUUCAGUAUAUAAUCCUGAAGCUCUCAAAAUAAGUAUACAGGGCUCUGAACUCUUUCACUUCAAAGUAACUGUUGUUCCAGGGGUCACUUUUUGUAACUUAGUUGAAGAAUUUCAGAUUUAUGUGGAUGCGGCACCUCUGCCAUUUCCAGGACACACCCUCAUUGCCAUCGCAGCAGCCAUAAUGCUAGGGGGAUUAAUUUUCAUAGUAUUUCUGUUUCAGCUGUAUAACAUUCACCCAUGGGACAGAUUCCAGAAAUGCCUUGGAAAAAGAAAGUAA